UCUGUUGAAGCGGAAGAUUCACAGAGAGAGAAAUGGCCAGAACCAAGCAGACCGCCCGUAAAUCCACCGGAGGAAAAGCUCCCAGGAAGCAGCUGGCCACCAAGGCCGCCCGUAAGAGCGCCCCGGCCACCGGCGGAGUGAAGAAGCCCCACCGUUACAGGCCCGGUACCGUGGCUCUGAGAGAGAUCCGCCGCUACCAGAAGUCCACCGAGCUGCUGAUCCGCAAGCUGCCCUUCCAGCGCCUGGUGAGGGAGAUCGCUCAGGACUUCAAGACCGACCUGCGCUUCCAGAGCUCCGCUGUCAUGGCUCUGCAGGAGGCCAGCGAGGCUUACCUGGUCGGCCUGUUCGAGGACACCAACCUGUGCGCCAUCCACGCCAAGAGGGUCACCAUCAUGCCCAAAGACAUCCAGCUGGCCCGCCGCAUCCGCGGAGAGAGAGCUUAAACUCCCCCCAGACCUGCUGAUACUCACAACGGCUCUUUUAAGAGCCACCAACUCUCUGACAGAGCAACACGUCCUAUUAUCACAUUACUUUAUGUAAUUAAUCUUCUCCCACAUUUUAUUAUAGUGAAUUCUUAAAGUGUAUCAAUAGAACCAUGAUGGUUAUGUGAACACUUAACAGUAUGAUGUUCUGCACACAUACAGCAGACUAAAUAACUUAAUAUUUAUAUAUAAUCUUGAGAAGGAAGUGUAACCCAGCCA